AUGGCCAAAGCAAUACCUCAAUCCGCCGACCCAACGGUCCGCUACCUCUCGACAUCUCAAGCUUACGAUCUCUGGUCGGCAGUCUAUGAUACAGACGGCAACUUCCUGCAAGCUCUAGACACGAUUGAAAUGAAAAUCUUCAUGCCGCGCUUGCUUGGUCUCCUUGAAGCAUCAGCCUUAUCUCGUCCGUGGAAAUUGGUCGACUUGGGAUGCGGGACUGGUCGAAAUACAGCUGCGUUGCUAGAGGUCAAGGACGCCAAUGUUUUCGGACUUGAUGUGAGCCCUGGUAUGCUCGAGGUUGCUAGGCGGCGGCUAGAGAAUGGUGGGGCCAAAGGCAGAUUGAGCCUCGAGGUGUUUGAUAUGAUUGAGCAGGAUUCGGCAUCUGAUUCGGCCUUGAACGCUGAUGCGGUGGUCUCGACGCUAGUCCUUGAGCAUGUUCCCGUCGACGUCUUCUUCAACCACGUCGCAAAGAUCCUCAGACCAGGUGGCUAUCUGUUGUUGACCAACAUGCACUCGGAGAUGGGUGGCAUCAGUCAAGCUGGAUUCGUAGAUCCCGACACUGGAGAAAAGAUCCGCCCAACAAGUUAUGCUCACACCAUCGCCGAAGUCGAGGCCGAGGCAGCGAAGAAAGGGUUCGAACUCAUCGGGAACCAGAUCGAGCAGAGAGCCGUAGACGAGUCUCUGGUCUCUCUUCUUGGUGCAAGGUCGGCGAAAUGGGUCGGAGUGACGGUCUGGUUCGGAGGAAUCUUCCAGAAAAAGAACUGA